AUGUGGCGCUGGGCGUUGCUGGCGGUCGCUGCAGCGGAUGAUGCUGUGAAGAUCGAACUCACCGAGGCUGCAGCCUCCACGGGAGCUGUUUGCUUGGAUGGAACACCUGCAGCCUAUUACCUGGAAAAAGGUAGUGGCGAUGGCAUCAAUAAGUGGUAUAUUCACCAUGAAGGAGGAGGUUGGUGCGAAUCAUUGGACGACUGCUUGGGACGUUCCAAAACCGACCUGAGAUCUUCCAAGGCAUAUCCUGAGAGGCGCACUCUCUAUGGUGGCUAUUUCUCCAGAGAUGCCAGAGAAAACCCGCUGAUGCACAAUUGGAAUAUGGUGUUUAUGACAUAUUGUGACGGUGGGAGCUUCAGUGGCAACAACCAGACAGUCACAGUCUACAAGAACCAGUCGCUCUUUUUCCGUGGCAAGCGAAUCAGAGAAGCCAUCGCGGAGGAUUUGAUGGAGAAACGUGGCAUGAAGGAGGCCACUGACCUCAUGGUCUCAGGCUGCAGUGCCGGAGGAUUGGCCACUUUCCUUCAUGCAGAUCAGUGGUGCGACAGGCUCCACGCCGACAAACCAUCGGCCAAGUGCGCAGCAUUGCCGGACAGCGGGUUCUUCAUUGACAACCAGGACCCAAGUGUGAAAUGUGCACCAUGGAGCCCCGGAUUGCUCGGAGAGACGAUCAACGGCAACUACCACUGUGGCUUGAAAUGGACCUUUUGGAUUCAGAAUGCCACUGCUGGGGUUGAGCAGAAGUGCAUUGCAGCGCAUCCGGGUCAGGAAUGGCAAUGCAUGUUUGCAGAGCAUGCUGCAGAGCACAUUGGGACGCCACUCUUCGCUUUGCAGUCGGAGUAUGAUUCCUGGCAGACCUCGCACGUGCAGGGCCCAGGCGGUGUCCGAAAGACCCAACUGCUGGGGAAGAACAUCACCCAGCGAAUUUUGACCAGUUUGCUUGGAAGGAAUCCCAAAUCUGGCGCGUUUUUGGACAGCUGCCACCACCAUUGCGCUGCCUGGAACAGCAUUCGCAUUGAUGGUGACCUCGUGUCCACUGCCGUGGAGAAAUGGUACAAUGGCCUCGACCAGAGGGACAACAAGCGCCUUUGGGAACAGAACCAGCCGUUCCCUUGUGAGGAGUGUUGCAAGCCAGACUUCCAGCAGCCAUCUCAGCUGAUUGUGUAG